AAUCAUUUGUCGAGUGAAUAAAAAAACAAAAUGUUAAGCUCCGCAUGUUGUGGUGUGAUCUUACGGUCUUUCUGUGAGCGAAUGCUAAUCUGUUACAGUGUGAAUGUGGUGUGUUGAGGGCUGAGCUGCAGGCUCUGUGCGUCUCGGAUCGAAUGUCUCUGAAGCAAAUCGAUCUCCAUACCGCUGACUCGGACCUGCUCCAUUACCACGAGGCCAAGACCAGAGUGAUUAAAGGAGAGGAGAAAUUUUAUGACACAAAGUUCAUUCCUUCUGGGACGCGUGUGUGGGUGAAGGAGAAAGAGCAACUGCUUCCCUCUACAGUCAAUUCCUGCGGAGACGGAACCAUCGUCCUCACUACUGACUAUGGAGAGGUGUUGUACCUUCAGCAAGCAGAGGUCAACAGGGAGAAGGUGUACCCCAUGCACCAGAGAAGCAUCGAUGGCGUGGAGGACAUGUCCACACUGGCCGAGCUCCACGAGGCCGCUAUCAUGCACAACCUUCACCAACGCUACCAGAAGGAUCACAUCUAUACGAACAUCGGCUCCAUCUUGGCAGCAGUGAACCCGUAUAAGCAGAUCACAGACUUGUACGAUCUCUCAGCCGUAGAGCUGUACAGUAGACAUCACCUCGGCGAACUCCCGCCUCACAUCUUCGCCGUGGCCAACGAGAGCUACCGAUGCCUCUGGAAAAGACACGACAGCCAGUGUGUGCUCAUCAGUGGAGAGAGCGGUGCUGGUAAAACAGAGAGCACUAAACUUCUACUACAGUUUCUGUCUGUCAUGAGCCAGAAUUCAGCGGGGGCACCGGAGAAGACUGCCUGUGUAGAGCAAGCUAUCGUACAGAGCAGUCCGAUCAUGGAAGCAUUUGGAAAUGCCAAAACUGUUUACAACAACAACUCCAGUCGCUUCGGAAAGUUCAUCCAGCUUCAUUUCUGUCAGAGCGGCAACAUCCAAGGAGGCUGCAUCGUCGACUAUUUGCUUGAAAAGAACCGUGUGGUGAGGCAGAACCCUGGAGAGAGAAACUAUCACAUCUUCUACGCUCUACUGGCCGGUGCUGAUAAAGAACAGAAAGAAACAUAUUUCCUGGCAGAACCUCCUGAGUUGUUUCAUUACCUGAGCCAGUCCGGCUGCGUGAAGGACCGCAACCUGGACGAUAAGAAGCUCUACGACAGUGUCAUGGAAGCACUGAAGGUGCUGGAGUUCAGUGAGGAGGAGAUCAGAGACAUGUUCAAGCUGCUGUCUGGAGUCCUGCAGCUGGGAAACAUUGAGUUCAUGACAGCAGGGGGUGCUCAGAUCACUACCAAGCAGGUGGCUACUAACGUCAGUGAGCUUCUGGGUCUGGACUCAUUCCAGUUGUCAGAAGUUUUGACUCAGCGCUCCAUGAUCCUGAGAGGAGAAGAGAUCUGCUCCCCGCUUACUAUAGAGCAGGCGAUAGAUUCGCGGGACUCGGUUGCCAUGGCGCUGUACUCUCAGUGCUUCUCCUGGAUCAUCAUGCGCAUCAACCAGAAGAUCAACGGCCGAGAAAAUUUCAAAUCCAUCGGCAUCCUCGACAUCUUUGGCUUUGAGAAUUUCGAGGUGAACCGCUUCGAGCAGUUCAACAUCAACUAUGCUAAUGAGAAGCUGCAGGAGUAUUUUAACAAACACAUCUUCUCUCUGGAGCAACUCGAGUACAACAGGGAGGGAAUUCGCUGGGAAGCCAUAGACUGGAUGGACAACGCAGAAUGUCUGGAUCUGAUUGAAAAAAAACUGGGCAUGUUGGCACUGGUUAAUGAGGAGAGUCGCUUCCCUAAAGGCACAGAUUUCACUCUGCUGGAGAAACUACACAGCCGACACUCGACGAACCCGUACUACGUGAAGCCUCGUCUGGCAGAUCAUCAGUUUGGCAUUAAGCACUAUGCUGGAGAGGUUUUGUAUGAUGUGAGAGGCAUCUUGGAGAAGAACAGAGAUACAUUUAGAGACGAUAUCUUGAACAUGCUGAAGGACAGCAGGCUGGACUUCAUCUAUGACCUGUUUGAGCAAGUGGGCAGCAGGAAUAAUGAAGAGACCCUGAAGAUGGGCACCGCCCGGAAGAAACCCACCGUGAGCUCCCAGUUCAGAGACUCUCUGCACUCCUUAAUGGCCACUCUCAGUGUGUCCAACCCCUUCUUCGUGCGUUGCAUCAAACCCAACAUGGACAAGACACCCAACAGGUUUGACCCGGAGGUGGUUCUGAAUCAACUGCGGUACUCCGGCAUGCUGGAAACGGUGAAGAUCCGGCGUGCAGGGUUUCCCAUCAGACGCACUUUUAAAGACUUCUUGAGCAGGUAUAAGAUUAUUCUGAAGGAAGAUGGGAAAUCGGCAGCAGCUGAUGGAGAUGAGAAGAAAAGGUGCACUGAUCUGCUCACCAAAUAUGACCACACCAAGAAAGACUGGCAGCUGGGGAAGACCAAGGUGUUUAUGAAGGAGUCUCUGGAGCAGAAGCUGGAGAAGGAGCGAGACGAGGUGCGGCGUAAAGCCGGCCUCAUCAUACGAGCGCACCUGCUCUCUUACAUAGCAAGGAAGCACUUUAAAAAAGCUCUGUCCAGCAUCUUGACCAUCCAGAAGAACUACCGUGCACAUUUCUACCACCGACAAUUUCUACGCAAACGCUCGGCCAUCCUCAUCCUGCAGAAGUGCCGGCGCGGACAGGUGGCGCGGAACAGGUGUCGCAAACUCCGAGACGAGAAGAGGAAGAGAGAGGAGGAGGAGAGAAGGAAGAAAGAGGAAGAGGAGAAGAAGAGAGAGGGAGAUGGGGCACAGGUGAAAGGAGGAGACGCAGAAAAAGGAGAGGAUGAGGCAGCAGAAGGCACUCAGGAGGUCUCUGUGGAGGACCGGAGCCGUCAGAUGGAGGAGAUCCUGAGGCUGGAGCGGGAGAUCGAGCGGCUGCAGAAGCAGAGGGAGGAUGGCGUGUCGCAGCUGUGUGAGAGCUCACGGCAAGAGCUGAGGCUACGCCGUCACGCCGAGGCUCUGCGGCUCAAAAAGCAGGCAUCACGUGUUGCCACUCAGUUGCUUGACCUGCAGAGCUUUGCUGGCAUCCAGCCUGAACAGAAGGUCCCUGCAGCGCCGUCUUUGCCCACUGCGGCUGAAAGUUCCAGUGUGGGAGAGGGUCGAGUCUCCCUACCUGAUUUCCCCCCUCCGACUGAGGGGCCUCCUGAUCAGGAGAUCUUAGCCACGCUUCCUCCACCUCCAGCCGCCUUCGCUGAGGGCACGCUGCCAUCCUCUUCACCUGCUGCUGCUGCUGCUGCUCCAACCGUCCCCGCACCUCCACCUCCUCCACCUCCUCCACCUCCUCCCCCACCUCCUCCACCUCCUCCUCCACUCCCAGGAGAGGCAGCACAGGCAAACAAGGACGUCUCCAAACCGGAGGAAGAGAAGGAGGAAACGUCCAAGCCAGGAGAGCCUGAGAAAGAGGAGAAAAAGGCAGAUGAGGCAGAGGGUGAGACAGCGGAUCGCGGCAGCAGGCUGACCGAAACAGAGGAGCCGAUAUACCACCUUCCGCUGGACACAGAGUCCGACUACGACCAGGACGAGCUGGAGGACGGUCAGAACAGCAACGCGGCAAACGACCCGGAGCAUGCACGCAAGUCCACCUGCACCAACGCCAGCCAGGAGUCGUACAAUCGCAGCUCAGAUUCGUAUGUGGAGAGUGAUGAGGAGCAUGAUGGUCUCGCUGAUACAGAUGAAGAGCUGUCGAAUGGUAAAGGCAACGUGCUGAAUGGUAACGGGCCUCCAUACUUCCACAGCUACCUCUAUAUGAAAGCGGGUUUGAUGAUCCCGUGGCGAAGGCGCUGGUGUGUGCUGAAAGACGAGACGUUCAUGUGGUUCCGCUCCAAACAGGAGUCUCUGAAGUCGGGCUGGCUGUAUAAGAAAGGCGGAGGACUGUCCACGCUGUCGCGCAGGAACUGGAAGAUGCGCUGGUUUGUGCUGCGUGACUCUAAGCUCAUGUACUUCGAGAACGACAGCGAGGAGAAGCUCAAGGGCACCAUUGACAUCUGCUCAGCCAAGGAGAUAGUAGACAACCACGAGAAGGAGAACGCACUGAACAUCGUGACGGAUGAACGGACGUAUCAGGUGUUUGCUGAGUCACCAGAAGACGCCAGUGGUUGGUUUACUGUGCUGAGUCGGGUCCACACUGCCACCCCCGAGCAGCUGCUGGAGAUGUCCCAUGAGCAGGCGAACCCAAAAAACGCUGUGGGCACUCUGGAUGUCGGACUGAUCGACUCUGUGUGUGCAUCUGACAAUCCGGACCGACCUAACUCUUUUGUGAUCAUCACGGCGAACCGAGUGAUCCACUGUAACACUGAGCUACCAGAGGAGAUGCACCACUGGAUCAGCCUCCUGCAGAAGCCCAAAGGGGAUGCCAAGGUCGAAGGCCAGGAGUUCCUGGUUAGAGGCUGGCUGCAUAAAGAGGUGAAGACCGGAGCCAAGAGCAGUGCACUGAAACUGAAGAAGCGCUGGUUCAUUCUGACCAACAACUCUCUGGACUAUUACAAAUCGGCCGAGCGCAGCACAUCCAAGAUGGGCACGCUGGUGCUGAACAGCCUCUGCUCCGUGGUCCAGCCUGACGAGAAGGUGUUCAAAGAGACGGGAUACUGGAACAUUGUGGUUCAUGGGAGGAAACAUUCCUACCGGCUCUACACCAAGAUGUUGAACGAAGCCAUGAGAUGGGUUUCGGCAAUUCAGGGUGUCAUUGAGAACAAGGCGCCCAUCGAGACUCCAACGCAGCAGCUCAUCCGAGAUAUCAAGGAGAACAGUGUGAAUUCGGAGGCGGUGGAGCAGAUGUACCGCCGGAACCCCAUCCUACGCUACACUCAGCAUCCGCUGCACUCGCCCCUGCUACCGUUACCAUACGGAGAGAUCAACGAUAGCUUGCAAAAGGAGAAGGGCUACGGCAGCCUGCAGGAUGAGGCAGUGAAGAUCUUCAACUCUCUGCAGGAGAUGGAGAUUGUCUCGGACCCGGUGGCCAUCAUCCAGGGCAUCCUGCAGACCUGCCAUGACCUGAAGCCGCUCCGAGAUGAGGUUUACUGUCAGCUGAUCAAACAGACCAAUCACGUGCCUCAGCCCAACAGCCCAGGAAACCGUGCACACUGGCACCUGCUCACGUGCAUGAGCUGUACGUUCCUGCCCAGCCGCGCCAUCCUGCGCUACCUGCGCUUCCACCUCAAAAGGGUGAGGGAGCGUUAUCCUGGCACCGAGAUCGAAAAGUAUGCCCACUUUAUCUCCGAGUCUCUGAAGAAGACCAAGACGAGGGAGUUUGUGCCCUCUCAGGAGGAGAUCACCGCUCUGCUGACCAGACGCGAGAUGAGCACCACAGUGUACUGCCAUGGAGGAGGAUCCUGCAAGAUCUCCAUCAACUCCCACACCACUGCAGGAGAGGUUGUGGAGAAGCUGAUCCGAGGUCUGGCGAUGGAUAACAGCCGGAAUUUAUUCUCCCUGUUUGAACACAACAAGGUGGAGAGCCGAGCUAUCGAGAGCCGCAUCAUUGUAGCGGACGUACUCGCCAAAUUUGAAAGACUGGCAGGAAGUGAGGAAGAAGAAGAGGAAGGACCUUGGCGGCUUUAUUUUAAACUGUAUUGCUUCCUUGAUGUGGACAGCAUGCCCAAAGAGGGGGUGGAGUUUGCCUUCAUGUUCGAACAGGCUCACGAGAGUCUGAUCAGUGGCCACUUCCCGGCCUCCGAGGAGACGCUACAGCACCUGGCCGCACUUCGGCUUCAGUACAUCCACGGAGAUGUGGCGCGCACGCCGUGGAGCCUGAGCAGUGUGUAUCCGGUGGCCCGCCUCCGUACUCGCAUCCUGCACUCCACCAAGGUCGGUGGGUCGGGUGGGGUGGGAGUCGCGGGCAUGGGUCCAGGAGGUCACACGCUCGAGAGGAGAAGGACCAGCUUCUUGGAUGGCACGCUGAGGCGCAGCUUCAAGACCGGCUCGCUGAAGAAGCAACGUGAGGAAGAGCAGAUGCUGGAGAUGUUUGUUAAGGAGGAGAUGUCGGCCACUCUGACCAGCGUCCUAGAGAAGUGGAACCGCCUGCAGGGGAUGCCUCAACACCAGGCUAUGCUCAGCUACAUGACCAUCAUCAAAGAGUGGCCCGGAUAUGGCUCCACGCUCUUUGACGUUGAGUGUAAAGAAGGAGGCUUUCCUCAUGACCUGUGGCUGGGAGUGAGUGCAGAGAAUGUGUCUGUGUAUAAGCGAGGAGAACCCAAACCACUCGAGACCUUCCAGUACGAGCACAUCGUCUUCUUUGGCGCGCCGCAGCCUAGCACCUACAAGAUCACCGUCGACGAGAGGGAGAUGUUUUUCGAAACUCCUCGGGUGGGUGAGAUCACAAAGAUCAUGAAGGCCUAUAUCAACAUGAUCGUCAAGAAGCGCUGCAGCGUCAUGUCUGUCACCAGCACCGGCAGCGCUUGGAUCAGGUGAUCGAAACCAGCCAGUUGGAUUACGGGCUUGUGAGUGAUGAAAUUACCAGUGAGAGAUAAAGUUCUUGUGUUGACCCAGGACACAUGAGCACAUAGAGUGAAAAGGGAAGAGCAAGAAAUUCAGAGGUCUGAAAAAAGCGGGACCACAGUUUAUUUGGUGAAACUUAUACACACUGCUACAAAGCACAACAAAUCCUGCAGUCCUGUGAUGUGAACCCUCCCUUAAUGCUGGCACUACAGUUGACGGUCUUCAAAAUCUUCAUCCAGUCCUAAUCAAAAAUGUUCAUCUUGUGAUGUUCUCGAUGAACGUGGUGUGAGUUGUGCUUCUUGCUACUGUUCAAACUGUUUCCCCACUUUCCUGAUUUCAUCAUUUUGGGGACGUCAUAGUGAACUCCUCUGUAAGAGUCACACUGAGAGACAUUUUUAAAAGCCAAGGCCACUGGCAGCCAUGUAUUUAUUUGUUUGUGUGUUUGUUUAUUUAUUUAUUUAUUGAACACCAACCAGUAUAAGUGCAACUGAAGUCUAAUCAAUUCAACUUAAAUCAACGCAACUCAUUUGUGCUUAACUUAAAUCAGCUCAACUCAAGUGAACUCAGCUCAACUCAAUUCAGCUCAGUUCAGUUCAGCUCAAUCGAAACUCAAAUUGACUCAGCUCAGAUCAACUCAACUCAUUUAAGCUUAUCUCAGUUCACCUCAACUCAGCUCAAAUCAGCUUAACGCCGUUCAACUCAACUCAAUUCGACUGAACUCGUGAAAUUAGCUGAACUCAAAUAAACUCAAAUCAAAUCAGUUCAUCUCAGCUUAGAGCAACUAAACUCAACUCAAGUAACUCAACCUAACUCUAAUCAGAUCAAAUCAACUCAACUCAAAUCAACUCAUCUGCACAAAGAUUGAUCAGUGACUGUGUGACUGUUCUGUCAAUGUGUACUAAACGCUUUUCAUAUCUCACAGUCAAAAUAUAUUUUAUACUUCAGUGAAAUCAGGAACAUCAUGUAACGGACACACUUUAAAUCUGAAAGUGCAACAAACACAUUGAAUUCCUGAAUUGUACACACCAAUGCACAAAUAGACUAACGGACAGUGUGACUGCACAACACUUUUAAAAGUCUCUACUUACCUCCAUGUCCCCAGUACGGCAAGCCAAAACAACUUACUACUGUGAGAAUAUAUCAGUAUUACACCAAGCAAAGCCAGUGUUAAACUGGGGACGUUCACAUAACCAGCGCACAGUUUUUUUUAAUGCUGACUUUUAAUCAGUAACUUUUGAUCAAAAAAUGUAAUCAGUAUCGUAUGUACCAUGUGGCAUUCAUUUGUAUGUUUUUGAAUGCAAUCUUAGCUACUGAACUCAAACUCUUGCCUCCAUUAAAUAAGGAUUAUACUUUGAAUCCUACCACGAGGCUUUUUGAAAAGUUUUUCACUGUAAUGUUGCUUUGCGAAAGCUUGUAAAAGCUUAAAGCUGCACUGUUCAAUUCUGGAAGAAGUUAGCAAGAGAUAGCUAAUCACUGAAAAUUAUUAUUUUUGUUUAUUUACAAUGGGCUCACAUGGUGAACUUCCCCUAAAAUAUAAGCAAAUGGGAAGUCAUUUACACAAUCUAAAGAGAGUUUGCAGAUGGAAGGUUCUAGAUGCCAAGAAGAACAGCAAUGACUCUACUACAUAUGUUAAUGUUAGCUAGGCUAAAAUUAAGCAAAUUAUGGCAACUUACAGCAAAGACGUUAGCAUUUUAUUAUCAUAUCGUCAUUUCUACCUGUAGUGUUCCACCUAACGUCUGUUCCUGACAACAGUCUCGGGUUUCUAUUCCUGCGGCAUAACCAAGAUGGCCGCCUAGUAGACAAGCUUGCCUAUAAGGACUCACAGCAAAAAUGCAACACUUGUGAAUGCCAGGUAACUUUAUAGAAAAAAACAUCCAGCAGUCUAGCUGGCUUACAGCUACUAUGUGGGCAAAAUAUUUGGAAUAAUAACAAAUUGUACCAAAAAUGAUGGCACUCGCGUUUCCUCAUUAACAAGCCACACCAAUACAUUGAUGGGUUCUGUUUUUAUUUUUUCUUUUAAUUCACUGGCAGUUAUUUGUUUUACUUCAGUUUUGUACCAAAUUUUCAUGAUAUCUUUUGCACUAAAGAGCCCACACAAAAAAUAAACAAUGUUUAAUCCAGUUUUGAGAAGAAAAAAAUCUUAGUGUAAUUUAACCUCAAUUAAAUCUUAAUAACUUAGUGUGAAAGUAUUUGAAACAAUAUAUGUGGAAAUCAAAUACAUUGUGUGUCUAGUUGACACUCAGAGCAGUUUUUAAUGUUUUACAUUAAUUAGUUUCAAUUACAUUUAUAGAGUGCUUUUUUAGACACUCAAAGCGCAUUACAAAG